AUGCUGGCGACAUCAGGUUGUAGAAGCGGCCAGCGGGGUGGCUUCUUCCUCCAAGCUGCCGUGAACGCCGACGGUAUAUCAGGUGGGUACCCUCCCUCUCGGCUGCGGCUGCGGCAGGAGCUGAGGCUAGCAGGGGCCACCGCCACCCACCGAGCCAUGUCGCCCACCCCGGCGGCGCCGCCAAGUGGCGACGAGGAGUUCACAGAGGUGGUAGUGGUGCGGCAUGGGGAAACCACCUGGAACGCCUCCCACAUCAUCCAGGGACAAUUGGACCCAGAGCUAAAUGAGAUUGGUAGACAGCAAGCCCUUGUGGUGGCUCAUCGGCUGUCAAAAGAAGGCAAACCAGCUGCCAUAUACUCUUCCGAUUUGAAGCGUGCUGCUGAGACUGCAGAAAUUGUAGCAAAAGUUUGUGGUGUAACAAAUUUGGUGGUGAAUGAGGCACUGAGAGAAAUGCACAUGGGAUAUCUCCAAGGCUUGAAGUGGGAUGAUGCUGUAAAUAAAAAUCCAGAUGUUUUUAGGAGCUUUGGCAUUUUUGAAAUUACUGAGGGCUCUGAUCCUGAUAGUAGAAAUAAAGAAAUACCGGGUGGUGGAGAGAGCCUGAAUCAGUUGACCGAGCGAUGUGUCUCCUAUUUGAAUAAGAUUGCCCAGGAACACAGAGGGGAGCGGGUUGUGGUGGUCUCCCACUAUGCAGCCAUACUAGAGCUGUGUCGUUACACAGAUCCACCCAACGGCUCGAUUCGUCGGAAAAUUCCAAACACUUCACUGAAUGUUUUCCGUAUCUCCGGCGUCACCGGCAAGUGGAUCCUUGAGAGGUAUGGAGACGAUAGCCAUGUCGAUGGAAAUGACUUUCUGGAGAACUCUUUCAGCGGUGACGGUGCCUCUGCCUAA